AAUUUGAAACGCAUUCGUUAUUUGCAUUAAAGCUUAAAUGAUUUAACGUGUUAUUCGCUUUAUUAUUAAAAUAAUUGACAAAUAUGGAUGAUGACCAUGCCGAACAGGAAGACUUUACCCCGAGACCUUAUCAAAUUGAUUUAUAUGAAAAAGCCGUGGCAAAUAAUAGCAUAAUUUAUAUGCCAACUGGUUCGGGUAAAACAUACGUAGCAGUUUUAGUUAUAAAAAAAUUGAGCGGAGCCAUUAUUAAGCCUUAUAAAGAAGGUGGUAAAAGAACUAUAUUUAUAGCGAACACUAUCUCGUUAGUUAAUCAACAAUGUAUGUAUUUAAGGAGGCAUACAUGUUUUAAUUGCAAAGCUUAUACAGGAGAUAUGAAUCUUGAUUUUUGGGAAGGCGUACAAUGGGAACAAGAAUUUGAAGAAAAUCAAAUUUUAAUUAUGACUCCACAGAUAUUUUUAGAUUUAAUAGCAAAGUCUUUUAUACAACUGCGUAAUAUUAAUUUAAUUGUAUUUGACGAAUGUCAUAGGGCUGUAAAAAACCAUCCCAUGAGAUUAAUAAUGCAAAGGUUUGAGGACUAUUCGGCGAAGGAACACCCAAGAGUGUUAGGCUUAUCCGCUUCCUUACUUAAUUCCAAUAUUAAAUUAAACAAAAUUAUGGAUACUUUAAAGAAAUUAGAAAUUACGUUUCAUGCAAAAAUAAUAACCACCGAAUCAUCUACGUAUUUUCUUAAUGCAAUAAAACCACAAGAAAUUAUUGUACCUUAUGAAAUUGUAGAAAGUGAUGUAGUUACAUCUAUCAGUAAUAUUAUUGAGUGUACUAAGGAUGUUAUAAAUACUCUUGACAUUAGCGACAAUUGGAUAACAAAUUAUAGUAGCGAUGAAUUCAAGGCCACUACAAAAGAAAAGAAAUUAAUUUUAGUUCUAAAUGACAUUAAUAUACACUUUGCAGAAAUGGGUUUAUUUGGAGGUUACAAAUGUGUUUUGUUACGUUUGGUACAACUUGAAUACAUAAAGAAAUUCACAUGCAAUAAGGAUUUUAAUGGAGUAUUGGAUUUUAUAAUAACUCAAUUUAUGAAAAUACAAAAAUGUUUAAAUGAUAAGAUAGAGCAUCUAAAAAUAGAAAAUAUUGAAGAACUUUCUAGCCCAAAAAUAAUAAAGCUAUUAGAUAUUAUAAAGACAUAUUAUAAUAAAUUAAGCGAUAAAUUUUCUUGUAUAAUUUUUGUACAAAGACGAUUUACUGCAAAAGUGCUAUAUCAUUUACUGAAAGAAUUGCAUGUAUCGGUUCCAAAGUAUGAAUUUAUUAAAGCUGACUUUGUAAUUGGCAAUAAUGCCAAUGCCUUUACAAAUGCCAGAGAAAAUGUAUGUAUUUCGAAGUGGAACAAAGAAGCAUUGAAAAGAUUUAAAAGCGGUAUUUGUAAUUGUUUGAUUGCUACGGAUAUUAUGGAUGAAGGAAUUGAUAUACCCGCAUGCCAAUUAAUAAUCCGUUAUUUUCCCGCCGUAGAUUUUCGAUCGUACUUACAAAGUAAAGGAAGAGCUCGUAGUCGAAAAAGUUAUUUCAUAACAUUAACUUCUGAUCCAGAUGGUUACAAGAGCCGUUAUAGUUUUUUUCAACAGUCUGAACAAUAUCUUGAGCGUGCAUUGCUUCACACAUCACAAGACCGUUCAUUACCAACUGUUGAAGAAAUUAGUGAUAUGCUCUAUCAUUAUGAAAUCGAACCAUAUAAAAUCACUAAUAAACACGGAACGAAAAGUAUUCUUACAGAGCAUAAUGCUAUAUCUACUAUAAAUGCAUAUUGCUCGUAUUUAGAUAGAUCCAAAUUUUUUCUACUAGCUCCUACGUGGACUAAAAUUAUUUAUAAAAGCAGCAUUACGGCACUUGAGCAAUUUAAGGUUACUUUAACAUUACCAACAUCAUCUCCCUUAAAGAAGACUAUUUCGGGAGAUUUAAAGAGUACAAUUGCAACUGCUAAAAAAUCGGCAGCUCUCAAAACUUGUAUUGAAUUAUAUAAUUUAGGAGAAUUAAAUGAUAAAUUUCUGCCAAAUAAAGUGGAAGAUCAUGUACAAAAUCAUAAAUACUUAUUUCCCCAUAAAGAAGAAGAAGAAGAAGAAGACUUACCGUCAAUUCCAGGAACGCACAGCACAAAACGGCGUCACGAAUUGAUUCAUCCAGAAGUAUUGUAUGCUGCAUUUCCACAAACAAAUACAUAUUUAUAUUUACAUGUAAUAAAAAUGAAACCAAAAUAUCCAGAGCCAAAUGAAAAUCGUAAUUUCAUUUUUUACGAUCUAUUAAGAAGCCUAAAAACUUAUGGUAUUUUAUCUACAAAAUGUAUGCCUAGCAUUCCAUCAUUUCCUAUAUUUAUGAAUGUGGGAGAUAUAGAAAUUACUAUUAAGAGAAAUAUAUGGUUGAAACCUAUGAAAUUGGAUGAAAUAGAAACAUUGAAAAAAUUCCACUCACUAAUCUUUGACGAUGUUUUGGGUGUAAUAAAGGAAUUUGCAUUUUUCGAUGUUAAAAACAAAGAUAACAGCUUUUUAAUUGUUCCCGUUUAUAAUCAGUGUAUUGAUUGGGAAAUUGUUAGAAACUAUAAAAUUAUUAAGAAUAUCCCACCAUCUGAUUUAGGAUUAGUGAAAAAUUCAGAAUAUGAAUUAGCACUUGUUACACCUAGUUACAGAUCGUCAAAUGUAUAUGUAGUAACGCAGGUCUGUGAAUACUUGAAAGCAAAUUCGUGUUUUCCUACGGAAGAUUAUUAUUCUUAUGUUCACUAUUUCAAAGUCAGACACAAUUUGAAUAUUAAAUUUGAAGACCAACCUUUAUUGGAGGUGAAGCCUAUAUCUAAAAAAAUUAAUUGCAUUAAGCCAAGACGUAUUAGUGGUGGACUUACUAAAAAAAAACACGCUAAACUAACUGAAAAUUUUGAAGAGCAUUUAGUAGCAGAAUUAUGUGAAAGAAUUAAUUUUCCAGCAGUUUAUUGGUUGAAAGCAUCGACGCUUCCAUCAAUUUUACAUAGAAUAUCGCAAUUGCUUGCUGCGAAUGAUUUACGAAUGCAAAUUAAUAAUGAAUCAAUUUCCGACGAAAUUAUGAUAAUUCCGACUGAGAAUUGGGAUCCUGUACAAAUUGACGUUAUACAGUCUUCAGAUAAAAAUAGGGACAGUACAUACGAAGAUUCCUUUUUGGAAGAAGAUUUCGGAAACGUUGAUAAUUCAUUAAUUCAAAAAUCUCAACCAGAAGUGGAUGUACUUAGCCAAGAGGACAAUAUGCAGUCGUGGAAAAAAGAGGAAGAGCCGCCCGAUUUUGAACGAAAUGCAGAUAAAAUUCAACUUAUCGAUAUCGAAUAUUAUUAUCAAUUUAUGAAUCAAGUUACAGAGGAUGAGAAAAAUAAUUUAAAAUAUAAAAAUGUCUUCAAGAGCGAAUAUAAAACGGUCGAGUUAGUUCCUGUGACGUCUAUAAAAAUGUUAAAAUUGACAAACCCCCGUGGUCCAAGUCCUUUUGAUAUUUUACAGAGUUUAUCUUCUAAAAUAAGCGCCGACGCCUUUGAUUAUGAACGCGCUGAGACAUUAGGAGAUUCAUUUCUCAAAUUUUCCGUUUCUCUUUUUCUAUAUCAAAGUUAUCCAAAUCUUGAAGAAGGCGGAUUAAGUAGUCUUAAGGAACAGUUGGUUUCAAAUUUAAAUUUGUAUUAUUGCGGAAAACAUAAAAAUAUUCCAGGACGGAUGAAUGUGGAAGACUUUUCACCAUUGUGUAAUUUCAUUGCUCCAGCAUACGCUGUUGAUCGUCAAUUACAGGAUAUCUUGAAUAUUAUACAAGUAUCAGCAAAUUUUUUGUAUGAAAUAAAUAUACCACCGAUAGAGAAACUUAAUAGUAGUUUGUCAUCAAAUACAAUGGCCAAGAUUAAAAAGAAAUUACUUGAUUGGCCAGAAGAAAAAAUAUUGCAAACUGGGAUGGAACAUUUUCUGGGGGUGCAAAUAGUUUCUGAUAAAACUGUGGCUGAUUGCGUUGAAGCCAUAAUAGGCACAUAUUUAUUGCAUUUGGGCAUAGAAGGCGCAUUAAGUAUUGUAAAAUGGUUUCAAAUACUACCCAAAACCAUAGUCGUUAAAGAAUUUCUUCAUUCAUCGGUACCUAAUCCAUGUAUACAAUCUGGGGAUAUUGAUGUACAUAUACUGUGGGUAAAUAACAUAGAGAAAAGGGUGGGAUAUAAGUUUAAAAAUCGGGCGUUCUUACUGCAAGCUUUCACUCAUUCAUCGUAUAUAAUGAACAGAAUAACCUUUAGUUAUCAAAGAUUGGAAUUUUUAGGAGACGCUGUACUUGAUUUUCUUUUAACAUCUUACAUUUAUGAGUCCUGUGGCAAUUUGAGUCCCGGUGACCUUACAGACUUAAGGUCUGCAUUAGUAAAUAAUGUUACAUUCGCUUGCCUUGCUGUACGUUAUAGUUUACACACAGCUAUCUUAGUCCAGUCUCCAGAGUUAUUUUCAGCUAUCGAUAAAUUUGUUAAGUUUCAAGAACAUAGAAAUUUCGAAACUAGUGACGAGUUAUUAUGGACUUUGUUAGAAGAAGACGGAUGUAAUAUAUCAGAGCAUGUUGAUGUUCCGAAAAUUCUUGGAGAUGUUUUUGAAUCUCUAAUUGGAGCCAUUUUUCUGGAUACAAAUAAAAAUUUAGAAACAACAUGGAGUAUUAUAUAUCGUUUAAUGAAAACAGAGAUUGAUACUUACAAAGAAAAUGUUCCUAAACAACCCAUUCGAAUGUUGCACGAAAUGCAAGGAAUAAAUCCGAAAUUUUCGUAAGUAAACGAGAAGUAAACCGUAAUUUAUAUAUUGAUUUUUUCAUUAUUCUAAAAUGAAUUACAUAAUUUCAUUUGUAAUUGAUACUACUGUAUACCGAUAUUUAAUCGCUCUUGAAUUAUUUUAUAAUUUUCAGAUAUGUCAAAAAAAUUGAAAAUACUAAUAGCUGUAUGAUCACAUUGUCCAUUAGUGUUAAUGGAGAAAAUAAAUAUUUUCAUGGAUUUGGACUAUCAAAGAAAUUAGCAAAAUUUGCUGCUUCGAAACAAGCCUUGAAAUACUUAAAAUCCAAAUCAUAAUUUAUUGUCGAACGUUAUUAUUCAACAAACUUAUGUAAAAAUAUAAUUUAGAUAUUUUUUGAUUAUGUAUAAAAAGUGUUUACAAUAAACAGAUUUUUCACAA